GUCACUUCCUUAGAUUCCUUAGGAAAGGAAGAUGGCGGCUGUAGAAGAGCGAGUGGAGAGGGGUACCGGAGCGCUAGAUUCCGAUUCGGUUUCACCCAGAUUAUCCACUCCUCCACCGGAUCAGCCUCACCAGAACAACCCGCUCUUGGGACUUCCCAUCGUGGCGAUCGAGACCAUUCUAAAUUUCUUGUCUUACGACGAAAUCAGUCUGCUGCGAUUGGUGUGCAAGCGGAUGGACAUGAUCUGCCAGCGCAUGCUGAACCAGGGCUUCCUCAGGGUGGAGCGCUACCACAGCCUGUGCCAGAAGCAGGUCAAAGCCCAGCUGCCCAGGCGGGAGUCGGAGCGGAGGAACCACUCGCUGGCUCGCCACGCGGACAUCCUGGCUGCCGUGGAGACGCGCCUCUCCUUGCUCAACAUGACCUUCAUGAAGUACGUGGACUCCAACCUGUGCUGCUUCAUCCCGGGCAAGGUGAUCGACGAGAUCUACCGCGUGCUGCGCUACGUGAACUCCACGCGGGCGCCCCAGCGGGCCCACGAGGUCCUGCAGGAGCUCAGGGACAUUUCCUCCAUGGCCAUGGAGUACUUCGACGAGAAGAUCGUCCCCAUCCUCAAGAAGAAGCUCCCCGGGGCCGACCUCUCCGGACGCCUCAUUGGCUCCACCCCAGUGGCAGGCCCCUCCACCUCGCUGACCACCAUGUCCCUGCUGGCCAAGAACACGCCGUCGCGCUCGGAGAUGACCAAGGUGCAGCAGCAGGUGAAGGUGAACGGGGCGUCCAUGACGGCGCUGCGGCGGGAGAUGUCGGAGGUGCGGGUCAAGCAGCUGGAGCAGCAGAAGCAGCUGCAGGACCAGGAGCAGAAGCUGCUGGAGCAGACGCAGGUCAUCGGAGAGCAGAACGUGCGAUUGGCCGAGAUGGAGCGCAAGCUGCGCGAACUGAUGGACAGCGCCGUGGGGGGCGGGGCCGGCGGAGGCCCCGCCUCCUCCUCCUCCUCCUCCUCUUCCUCCUCCGCCAACGCCGUGGUGUCCGCUGCGGGGGCGGCGGCGGCGGCAGUGGGCGCCGACGGCCCCCCCAACAAACGUACAAGGAAGAGCCCGGACUCUCCCCGCCAGUCCAAGCGUCUGCGCAGCAAGAAGUAGAGGAACUCUACCCUUUUUUUUUUUUUUUGUUAUUUGAUUUUUAAUUUUAUUUUAAAAAAUUUUUUUGUUCUCUCUCUGUUGUUUAAGACGCCCCACCCGUGCCCUGUGAUGUCAUUUUUUGUUUUGAAUGCCGUUUGGGGAGGGAGGAUGAGGAAGGGAAGGGUGGUGAAGCAAGAAAGUGUGGGCCAGGGGCUCCACAUCAGCCUGUUUCCUUGUGUUAAGUCAGCGUCAUUGCCUAAAAAUCACCCCCCCCCCAACACCCACUUAUACACAUACCCCCUAUACUUACAUAUGCCCAGGCAUGCAGUUGGGCUUGUUUAGACUCUACUAGGGGGAAGCAGUGGGAGAACCUGAGGCAACAGUUAAUCUGUUCAGGAGGGAAAGCUAAAAUGGCGUCACACACAAGGAGUCCUACGCAGGCUGGGACACGCAAUUAGCCAAAGAGAAUCUUCUGUCUUGUCUAUCCGUGUAGCCGGCACACUUCACUGUGGGCAGCGAUCGACUGGACGAGCAGCCUUGGGGGUAAAAGACGGCAAAAAAAAUUCAGUCUUCUCUUCAAGUGGCCGUGGUCAGGAGGCGCUUGAGAAGCCCCACUUUCAGAAAUGAUCAUGGGGUCAGUGUAAAAAAAAAAACAAAACAAAAAAUGAACUCCCCCGCCCCUAGAACAACUUUUUUUUUGUUCAUUUAUUAAAUGUGUGAAGCACUCUAAAUGUAUUCACUGGCAUGUUUUUUUUUUUUUUUUUAAGUCCAUAGUAUUCCUGUCAGCUAUGUAUAUAAACCCCUCUUAUUGUGGAGGACUAAAUCCACUGCUUCUUGUGAUAGGUAAUGAAUAAUUUUAUGUUCAGGAAGAUGGAAGUCAUUUCUUCUUAAUGAUUGUUGUUAUUUUGUGAAGCGGGGGAGGCAGGAUUGGCCGGCUCGUGUCUGAGCAUGUGCAGUCUGGUUUGGCUGCGGCGCUAUACCUGCUGUUGUGAGCCUCGCCUCAAGUGUCCGUGUGUCCUAGGAGAUCACCGCCCCGUAAGGAAACACAUUGCAUAAGUACCCUCUUAAUCCGUCACGCCCAGCAGGGAUGAUGCACAUUUUUUUUGAAGAGGGAUUUUUAAAAAUUUUUUAUAUCGACUAGAUCCAUUGCAUUAAAAUAUUAGUUGUUGAAGGGGUUUUUUUUUUUUUUUGAGGGAAUUACUAUUAUUAUCUUCCCCCUAUGAGCUGGCCACAUGUUUUUGGUUUUUUCCCCCCAUUCUUUGAGCCAUUUCCAGCGUGGUGAAUGGGAAUGGAUGACCAUAAUGGGGUCUCUCACUAUCGUGAAGGUAACGGAUGCUGGCAGGAAAAGUGAGAUGACUGUGAUGUCAGUGGAUGGAUAACCAGACCAAUGAACCGUGGUGUCAAGUAAUUCUAAACCUUGGUCUUUCCCCAAAAAGGUUUUACGUGGACUCUGUCCCCCUGAGUCAUCUGCUAGGCCGCACGGCUGCAACCCCAGGCCUGCCGCUGCGGCGUUGCGUGCGCAGAUUCAUUCACUGAAGUCUUGAGGUGGGUUGUGCAAUUUCCGUUCGUGAUGAAGGGAGGUCAAAAAUGUGCCGUCUUGUGUGGAGAAAUUCAGUGUAGCCUUGAUCAUGUGACGGGGGUGGGUGGGGGGGCGGGGGGGUGGGUGGCUGGGUGGGGGGUUGGUGUUCAUCUUCAGCCGUGACAUCACUUCCUGGCAGUUACUUUAGCGGCACGUUGGCAUGGAAACGCCUGGAUAAAGUCUGUAGCGUGGUGUCCGUGCCACAAACACUAGCGUGGAGGUGGCCAGGCAGAUCGACUUUUCUUUCUUCCCAGAUUCUGAAAGGGUCCACCAUGUCUUGGAAGUGAUUUUUUUUUUUUUUGUCUUGGGCUAGAAAAUGUCCGGUUAGAACAGUCUUCUGCUGGAUACCACUGUAAUUUCAUUAAGGUGGUGUCGUCUGACUGGCCUCGUUGCUUUUUUUUUUUUUUUAAUAAAAACUUGUGACUUUUUUUUUUUUGACACAGACUGGUAACUUUUCUCCAGAGUGGUUUGUGUCAUAUUUCUAUUUUGUACAAAAAGAAAAAAAAAUACUAAAGUGGUCUGGCUCCUUCCUAAUACACAAUAAGAACACAUACAUUAGUUAAAUCUCAUUUAAGAUCUGUUUGAAAUACAGAAAACAAAUACCACCAGGUCCUUGGAAAUAUUCAUAACGUAACCCAAAUUAUUAAGAGAUGCUUGGAUUAUGCAGCUGUAUAUACUGGGUGAGAUGCUGUUCACGACUGGAAGAUCUAGUCACCACUGAACCAGUUUGUCUUUCAGUACUGCAAAACCAUUGAAGUCUAUUAAACCCCCUUGAUUUAUAUGACUAAUAAGUCAUAACUUAUUUGGUUUGACUUCAUAAAACCUUCCAAGUUUACGGCAGUUGAAAGGUUUCUUGACUUGGAAUGUUGCUUUUUAGACAGAUUUAUGGUCUCAGCUGUGUAAAAGACCUUUGUCCCAUGAUAUCAAGAUUACAUAUUGACUAUUUUUGAGAGGAAAAUUUGCCAAAUGACCAGGAUGUAUACCGUAGCAGAUUUCUGGUGAAGGCUUUGGGAGGUGGUGGAAUGGGAGGAGCGAAGUCACCAUUUGAUUUUGUUUGAAAACUUUACAUUUUACUUCUCCUCCAUAAAUAACCAGAUAUAUUUCGCACACUUCUUUAUUGCCUUGUAAGUAAUAUCUUGUGAAAAGUCAUCGUUAGAAGCAUUUCAUUAGCUAAGGAUGACAGAAGCCGCACAUGGUGAGAGAAACUAAAGAUGGCUUCCCCUGACAGUGAGGCAUGCUGGGGAUUGCAGUUAAACCACCGGAGACAUGCGAAACGGUCUCACUCACGCGUUAAACGUAGCCUGGCCACUGUGGACAGACACAGGAAUAUGUUAGCUUGCGGCUUCAUGCGAGACAGCGUCUCCUGUUUAGAAAUUACUGUACUGUAAACUUUAUGUAUUUCAGAGUUCAGAUUGUGGAUUAUUUCAUGUAUGUAAAACAAAAAUAAACUCAAUCUUGUAACCUGCC